UCUCAAGGUUUUGACCAACCUCCCGACGAGAGAUCCCUCAUACCUUCCAACUCCAUGGUGUCCUUUUAGUUGAUAGAAAAGAUCUCAUUCGGAUUCUCAGCAGCAUUAGUUGAUAGAGAAGAUCGCAGGUGGGCCCGCCGGGACUGAGUCCACUACAACAGUAACGGGCCGGGCCGGGAUUUCAACACCCACGCCUCACCCAGUCGUAGACUCGUAGGAAAGACGUUUACUUACGACAGACGUAAUCCCAAAUACGAAUGGGAUUUUUCACCGAAAAGCAUGUGAAAAGAAACACAAACAAGCAGCCGGUACUGUACACCGAGUCACCGAUCAGUCAAAAAUUAAAAAUAUCCUCCCAAAAAAUCCCUCUUUUCUCUCUUUAACGCGUCGACCGGACUUCGGGCUUUGGUCGUCUUUCUCCCAAAAUAUCCUCGCCUCGAUUUCUUUCCUUCUCUUGUUUUGUUUUCUUAAUUUGAUUUACCAGAUCUUUAGAUUUUAGGUUUCAGGUUUGAUAGGGUUACUGAAUUCUUGAUCUUGAAUUGGGGGAUUUUUUUUUUCGAGGUUCUUGGUCUUUCGUCCUGUGAUCUUGUCAAUUCAAUAAUUGUCUGCGUCUUCUUCCGAUUUUAAUUGAAUUAGUUUUAGGAGGUUUGCUUUUGGUGGGUUGCUGAGAUGGUUUGUCCAGAGGGAUUGACUUGGGCGGCAUCCUCGACGCCCGAGCCAAAGCAGCACGGCGUUACGAAGCCAAUUUCCGUGGCGGGGCCUACAGAUGUUGAUAUUCGUAGAAGCCGUGAGUUGGAGAAGUUCUUAGUGAAUUCUGGUUUGUACGAGAGCAAGGAGGAGGCCGCAAAGAGGGAGGAGGUUCUCGGUAGACUUAGACAGAUUGUAAAAUGUUGGGUGCAGCAACUUACACGCUUGAGAGGAUACACAGAUCAAAUGGUUGAAGAUGCAAAUGCUGUCAUUUUUACCUUUGGCUCUUAUCGACUUGGGGUACAUGGUCCUGGGGCUGACUUAGACACAUUAUGCAUUGGGCCAUCCUAUGUGAAUCGGGAGGAAGACUUCUUCUUUGUAUUGCAUGACAUCCUGGCCGAAAUGGAAGAAGUAACAGAACUACAACCAGUACCUGAUGCUCACGUCCCUGUGAUGAAAUUUAAGUUUAAUGGAAUAUCAAUAGAUCUCCUUUAUGCAAGUAUAUCGCAGUUAUUGGUUCCAGAUGACUUGGAUAUCUCUGAUUUGUCUGUCCUGUAUGAUGUCAAUGAGCCCACUGUUCGAAGCCUUAAUGGUUGCAGGGUUGCGGAUCAAAUUCUUAAGCUCAUUCCUAAUGUUGAGAAUUUUCGCACGACACUCCGAUGUUUGAAGUUCUGGGCUAAGAGGCGCGGUGUUUAUUCCAAUGUAACUGGAUUUCUUGGUGGUGUGAACUGGGCUCUUCUUGUAGCUCGUGUGUGCCAGCUGUACCCUAAUGCAGUUCCUAGUAUGCUUGUUUCAAGAUUUUUUAGGGUCUAUACGCAAUGGCGUUGGCCGAACCCUGUUAUGCUAUGUGAGAUUGAGGAGGAUGAACUUGGAUUUUCAGUUUGGGAUCCUCGUAAAAAUCCUCGGGAUCGAACUCAUCACAUGCCAAUAAUAACCCCUGCCUACCCUUGCAUGAAUUCUAGUUAUAACGUUUCAACAAGUACCCUUCGGGUUAUGAUGGAGCAGUUUGAAUAUGGUAACAAGAUUUGUGAGGAGAUAGAGCUGAAUAAAGCCAAGUGGAGUGCUCUUUUUGAGCCGUACUUGUUCUUUGAAAGCUAUAAAAAUUAUCUUCAGGUUGACAUAGUUGCUGCUAACGUUGAUGACUUGCGUGCUUGGAGAGGAUGGGUAGAAUCUCGGUUGAGGCAGCUGACUCUGAUGAUUGAGCGGGACACAUAUGGAAAGUUGCAGUGCCAUCCUUACCCUCAUGAGUAUGUAGAUUCAUCCAAGCCAUGUGCACAUAGUGCCUUCUUUAUGGGUUUGCAGAGGAAACAGGGGGAAAUUGUUCAGGAAGGUCAGCAGUUUGAUAUUCGUGGCACAGUUGACGAAUUUAGACAUUCUGUAAAUAUGUACAUGUUCUGGAAGCCUGGGAUGGAAAUCUAUGUUUCCCAUAUACGUAGAAGGCAACUUCCUUCUUAUGUCAUCCCCGAUGGUUUUAAACGAUCCCGCCAUCCUAGAGUCUCAGUGCAGCAUCCAUCUGUUAAACAAUCUUCUGGGGAUGGUUACUCAAGUCAGUCUGGGUCCUCUGAGAGAAGCCGUAAAAGGAAAAAUGGUUCUGUUUUUUUAGAUUUACAGCAAGAUGUCUCAGAUAAACGACAAUCGACUAGCCCUCAGAGACUGGGCUCUGUUUCUCCUGAAAUCAAUAUUCAUAAGUCUGACAAUGCGUCCUCGGACUGUUUGGCAUCAAGCCUCAUGGGAAGGGAAAAAAUUGCUGAAGGUGAUUAUACAUGUUGGGCUGAUGGCAUGAGUAGUGUGGUUGGAUCAAUUGGGGUGGAGGUGAGGCAUAAGGCGGUUGAUGGAGCAUCUAACACAGAUUUAACUAGCCGAGAGGGGAAUGGUGAGAGUAGAUGCUCCCCAAAUUCCAGUACAGUCACAUCCCUUGAAAGUGAGGAUGGAUUGUACUCAGUUUUUGGACGGAUAGCUUCUGGUGGCAGUGAAGGUAGCAAUGGAGGGAUGGAGAGAAGCAGUGAAGGGAGUAAUGGUGCAGGAGUGUCUCAAAGUGAUUCCUGUGGUGCAGAUUUCAUCUCUCAUUUACAUCAAGAGUUUCUAGAUGGAAAUGGAGUAUUGCAUUGUGGAUUGCAGGACAACAUAAAGACUAAUGAUGCACUUGCGAUGGUGCUGAAACCCAUGGCUGGAGUUGAUCCAGAAGCUAAUGCUCAGAAACCAGUGAUGAGGUUGCGUCUUGCAUCAACAGCGUGAGAGGAAAAGUCGUCACAAGGAGAUCUUAUGUGGGACGACGCCUGCCUGUAAGGUUUGCUAAAAGCCAGCUUUUCGUUAAAGUGUAUUUAAUCGUUGGCUUUCGUUUCUUUCUUAUGUUUCAGGCAUUCUUCCCAAUCUACCUUGUAGAUUGGAAAUCCAACUCCUCGUUCUGAAUAGCUCUGAGGGUAUAGCCUUGCCAUGAAACAUGUAUCGGUUCUUCCCAUAUGGCGGAUUUCGAUAUCGUGCAUAAGUUAUGCAUUUAUUCAACGCCUGGAUGUGUUGGCUGGAUGCUUUCUUAGCAGAUAGUGAUAUCCUGGAAGGUGUUUUACUUUUUUCGUUUCCCUUUCGGGUGUUGAAGACAUACUUAGUGUUCUUCAAAUGAAGAGAAGGGGGGGGGGGGGGGGGGGGGUGUUCAAUCUGCUAUUUUUCUUAGGAAGUAGAAACUAGUCAAGCUUUGGAUUUGUAGCUGUACAUUUUCCUUCGUAGUUUUUUUUUUUUUUUCUUUGAUAAAGCAUUUUCCUUUGUAGUUAUCAAACAUUCAACCGCUAUGAAUUUUUUCUUUUGGGGACAUAAA